AUGCUUCUUGUUUCGCACAGUCACCCAGCCGACCUGUCUUCCCGGCUGCUCGGGAACUGCUGGGGGGGCUGGAGAAGCUACAGCUAUGUGGCUCGCACCGGCUACUGGGGACUGGCUCACUACAUCGCUACACAAUCUACUCUCCAUGGAGACAUCUAUUAUAAUUCAGUGCUGGAGGAAAUGGAGCUGGAGGGCCAGGACUUCAAGGCUGAUUCUUGGAGCAUGGCUGUGGACAAUCGAUAUUUGCAGUCACAUCGCAAAAAUGUCAUCAAGAGGCAGGAUGUCAUCUAUGAGUUUAUUCAGACAGAGCUACACCACAUGCGAACGCUGCAUAUCAUGGAGAGGGUGUUUCAGCAGGGCAUGCUGGAGGAGCUUCAGCUAGAGCCCAGCACUGUGCAUGCUAUUUUCCCCUGUUUAGAGCCACUGAUCAGGAUACAUUCUCAGUUUCUGGCACAACUGCUACUGCGGCGUAACAGUAGCCUGCAGUCUGGAUCCAUCUUAAAUUACACUAUUGGCCAGCUGGGAGACAUACUACUACAGCAGUUCUCAGGCCAGUGUGCAGAUGACAUGCAGAAGACCUAUGCAGAGUUCUGUAGUCGCCACUUGAAGGCUGUUAAAUUGUACAAGGAACUGCUGGCCAGAGACAAGAGGUUCCAGUGUUUUAUACGACGGGUGAGUCGUGGACCACUGCUACGUUGCCAUGGGGUUCAGGAGUGCAUCUUGUUAGUGACUCAGCGGAUCUCCAAGUAUCCUGUCCUUAUUCAGCGCAUUCUGGACAACACCACUGAUGAUGAGGAAGAAGCCUCUUCUCUGGCACAGGCUCUUACAAUGGUCCGAGAACUUCUCAGUUCAAUAGAUCAGCAGAUGGAGGAGAUGGAGAAAAUGCAACGGCUGCAAGAGAUCCAGGCCAAGCUGGACCCUCGGGCUGAGGCCCGAGUCAGGCUUGGUGGAGUUUUUAAGCCUGGAGAAUUGCUUCGUCGGAAACUAGUCCAUGAAGGCCCACUUUUCUGGAAAACUCCAGGAUCCCGGCUCAAAGCUCACAGAGAGCUAAUAUUAAACAUCCCUGAAGACAGCGAGGAUGGCAAGGAUCCCGUUAAGUUCAUGUCCGAGGCAUUGAUAUUUCAACAGAAAGAAGCUGCAUUGCGCUGGGCCAGGAAUCACAAGCUGACGUACCAAGGUACCACUAUAAGAGUUUAUCAAGAUGUCAGCACGAUGCUCGCUAAAAAGAGAGCUGUGUUAAACGGUGUUAAGCAAGCCUUGUACCGGAGGAAUGUCAGAUUUCACCUGCUAUACCCGGCCCGGCUGCGCGUGAUGUACGAGGAUGACCUGUUUACCUUCGACUCGCCUGAUGAAGCUCAGAAGUUUGUUAAGGAGUAA